CACUCUCACCCAUCUCCUAUAUAAAAACCUCCAUUACAACCUAAAACUCACAAACAAAUCAAACCUCAUCACUCUUCACGUUCCUCACAAACGUCCAAUCUCUAUUUCCUCUAACAUACCGCCUUUCACGAUUUAGUGAUUUACCUAAACCUAAAAGUGGCAUUGCAGACACUUUGCCUAUAAUAGUUAUCUUGUUGCUUUGUUUAAACAUUGUCUUAUUUCCACCGUACGGAAAGACAGCUCACUAUUUGGCAAUGGAGGCGGUGACAAAGAUGGCUUCCGAGAGACCGGUGGUGAUCUUCAGCAAGAGCUCAUGCUGCAUGUCCCACUCAAUCAAGACCUUGCUUUGCGAUUUUGGGGUCAACCCGGCAGUGCAUGAGCUUGAUGAGAUGCAAAGAGGGAGAGAGUUAGAGCAAGCUCUUUUAAGGCUCGGAUGCAACCCAUCUGUGCCAGCUGUGUUCAUUGGUGGCGAAUUUAUUGGUGGAGCCAAUGAGGUCAUGAGUCUUCACCUUAAGCGCUCCUUAAUUCCCAUGCUUAAGCGCGUGGGCGCAUUAUGGGUUUGAUCAAUCUAAUCAUCAAGUUAACCAAGUACUUGCAUGACACGCAAGCUAUUAGAAUGUUAGUUAUGCACGAGAGAUAUAAGAUCGAUAGCAUCUGAGGAUACUUCUUUACUAUUAAGCCUACUAAUAUAGCUACUUAAUUAGUAUUAUGUACUAAUAGCUUUUCCGUAAUCCCAGAAGUGUUAUUGUCUCAAACACGUUAAUGGUUGACAUUUGUAUUCAACAGUAUAAUAUAUUGGUGCAUUUUAUGAAAAUG